CGUUUUCUCUUAUUAAUUAUUCAAAAUGCUUAUCAAAGUCAAGACUUUAACCGGAAAAGAGAUCGAGAUUGAUAUCGAGCCUAAUGACAAAAUCUCGCGCAUCAAGGAGCGCGUAGAAGAAAAAGAAGGUAUCCCACCGCAGCAACAACGUCUUAUUUACACCGGCAAGCAAAUGGCCGAUGAUGUGACAGCCAAGGAAUAUCAGAUUGUUGGAGGAUCAGUCUUGCAUCUUGUGUUGGCUCUUCGUGGUGGCUAUUAAACAAUAUAUCUAUAUCUAUAUAUCUAUACGUAUGCGCGCGCGCGCGUGUGUGUAUGUGUAUGUCUGAGUAUGCGUGUACGUGUGCGUAUGUGUCGUAUGUUUUGUGUUUGCGUCUGUCUAUGUGUGUACACAUAAUUACACCCACACACAUAUAUACACACAUCUGUGUGUGUAUAUAUAUAAAAUAAUAAAGAAGUAUAUAUACAUAAAAA